AUGCCUUUGAGGCUGGCCAUCAAAUUGGCAUUCAAUCUUGGUCGUCAGUCUCAUCUAUACAACUUAUUUACGCAGUAUCUCACGCCGCACCGCAGACGGGCUGACCUUUCUCAGCUUUCCGAGGCCGACAUCGAUACCGAAAUUCAACGCCUCGACAUAGCGCUUAUCAAGAUCCUCGGUGUCAAGGCCAAAUUUAUCAGGCCAACCACAUCGCUUCCUGAUUCAGUCGCCUCCUACAUUGAAAGCAAAUGGGGCAAGACCAUCGUCGGCUACGACAAAUACAGCGACGAUUACUCUGGGGAUCUCAGCCAAAGUAUUUACCAAUUCUAUCAAGGACUCGCUGCGGAAGGUUCUGGCCACCCGCACAUGUCAAUGGCUCACCAGACCCAGGCGCCAGCUUUGGACGCCCUUGACCUGGGUUCGGCAGAGGCCUUGAUAGACGCCGGCAUCAAGCUUGUCACCGCUGCACAAUGCCUUGAUCUUCCCGCAUAUGAAACCGUCGGUGGAUACGGCGUCCGAGAUAGCACAUGGACCUGCGACUCGUACACCCCACCAAGCACAAGCCCGACCUGCACUCAGACAUAUACUACCAAGGACGGUGACAAGACGUGCUCAAAAAUUGCUUCCAAGUUUAGUGGUGUCAGUGCAACUGACAUCUACCUCGCCAAUCCCUUCUUGAAUUGCGCUGAUGUCUGGUCGGGGACCCCCGUUUGCAUCCCAACUGCUUCGUCGUCUCCUCCCAAGGUUGACUGCGUGCAAACCUAUACAGCUUCGCAAGGAGACACCUGCCAGAGUAUCGCCACCAAAUUCGGAACCACCGCCGAAAAGGUUCAUGCCGCCAACACAUUCGUGACCUGCACCGAUAUCUGUGACGGCAGCAAACGCCCCCACCUGCGUUUCGACCUAUUAUUCCAAGUCUGGUGCGUUUACUCUCAAAAUUUGUCGGUCACAAACGAGCUGACAAUCCACACAGGCGAUACCUGCGACUCGAUUGGUUCGAAGAAUGGCUUGACCGGCACCGCUAUCAAGAAUGCAAACACAUUCCUUACCUGCACCGACAUCUGGGCCGGAGGCAACACUGGCACCACCAAUCCUACUACUCCCACCACCCCUACCUGCGCUUCCACGUACUAUUCGAAAGCUGGCGAUACUUGCGAUUCGAUUGGUACCAAGAAUGGAUUGACCGGUACUGCCAUCAAGAACGCAAACACCUUCCUCACUUGCACCGAUAUCUGGGCUGGCACACCUAUUUGCAUCCCUACUGGAGGUACCACAAACCCAACUACCCCCACCACCCCUACGUGCGCUUCGACAUAUUAUUCGAAAUCUGGUGAUACCUGCGACUCGAUUGGUACCAAGAAUGGAUUGACCGGUACCGCCAUCAAGAACGCAAACACCUUCCUCGCUUGCACCGACAUCUGGGCUGGUACACCUAUUUGCAUCCCUACCGGUGGUUCCAACACCCCCACUUGCGUCUCUCAGUACACUGCCGGAGACAACGAGACCUGCACCACCGUCGGCACCAAGUUUGGUCUGUCCGCCACCGCGAUCUACAACGCCAACACGUUCGUCGGGUGUAACGACAUUUGGAAGGGAACCAACUUGUGCAUUCCUCCAGGUGGCCGUGACUGUACCAACACCAUCAAGUCCUGGCCUGGAGCGACUUGUAAUGACAUUGCCCGUGCCUAUAGCACGACCGCCGAAAAUAUCAAGUUCUG